CGGCGAGCCCGAGUCCCCACAGGGGCGGGGCGGCCCGCGGCGCCUCUGUAGCCGGGCGGGCGCCCGCGCGGACGCGAGUGCCCUCCGAUCUCUUGCCCCCUCUCCGGCUCCACCCCUUCUGCCCCGGGUGUGUGUGCGCGAGGGACAGUUCCGCCACAGCGCCGAGAAACCCCUUAGCCCGGAGAGGGUAUGCCGUGGUGCGCUGAGAUCUGACCCCCGCCUCACUCCACACACCUAGGACCUGUACCGGGAGCUGUCGGAGUUUCCUUCGUUAGGGCAGGCGGCCAGGGCUGGGGUGUCAGAUGUCUCGGAUUCUACAAGAGACAAGGAUCAUGGGACCCCCCCCCUCACUUCUCCUUGAUGUCUCCCAGCGCCCUACCCCAAGAGCUCCCGCUACUCGGCUGCUGACCCUAGAAGGAUUGUCCCUCUUGACCCUAGCAGUUGUGGAAUUUGGGGUGACACCGUCCGUCUGGGGCUGAAACUCUUGGUUUUCUUUGCCCCAGCCUAGGGUCAGAGGACACCUGUGUCACCUGCUCCAGGCUGGGGGGAAGAGAAUGGGGGAAAGCCCUUAGACAUUGUGAAAAUUAUUCCUGGAGAUGAGGAGAACGUUGGUUCCUGCCCCCUCCCAUAGGAAGGACUGGGCCCCUGGGGAGUUUGGCCUCUGCCUGCCUAGCCUCUCCCAGAAGCACCUCCUGCCCUCUGAGGUUUCUAUGGUGCUAGGCCCUAAGCUUGCAGAAGGCCAGCUCUUCCUGUGCCCUUUGACCCCCAGGGUCAAGGUCAAGCCCAUCUGCCAGCAGAUGGAAAAAAAAAACUUUUCCCUUAGCCUCAUUCUGGGAAGGAGGUAGGUGAUACUGCCUUUCCAGAGGGGAUGUGGGGAUAUGCAGGGAGGGUAUGGAAACCUCAGUGAGCCUGGGAGCCAAGGUGAUUUUCUUCUGGCUUGGGCUCAGAGCCCCUGCUUAGAUCCCCUCCUCUGCCCUCUCUUAACUGGGGCAACCACCAAGUGCCCUGCCUCUCAGGGUCACAGGUUGAAAUCAGAGUGAGGAUCCCUGGUCCCCAGAACCCAGGGUGUGCUGCCCCUUUAAAGGGAUGGUCAUGGCUGACACUGGCUAUUGGAGGGUGGGCGCAUGGCAGGAUUAGGUAGCCAACCUGAAGGCGCAAUUUGGAGUAAAUUGCUUUGGGAUCCCUGCCAUGGGGUUUUUACGGGCCCUGCUCAGUUCAGAAGUUCUCUCGCUGACUCACCCUCUGAGGUGAGGAACACUGCCCUCUGCAGCCCCUAUCCACCACAGCCCACCCCCCAAGGACUGGGGCACAGGGGGUUGGGGAGGUGCUCAGAGGUGGAUUCCUUUGCCUUGGCAUACCGUUGAGACCUAGGCCUCCCUAGAGGAAGGUGGACUGGGAGGGGCCAGGGAGAGACUUAAUCUGAGGACUUACCAUGGGUUAUACUAGUAGGGAAGAAAGACACCCAGGAGCUCAAUUCCCGGUCCAGGGCACUACUUCCUGUUUCUCUUUGGGGAAUCCUGGGGCAGGGGCCAGGUUUAAACAGGAAACUCAACUCAGUUUUAGUACUGCUGCAGCUGAACUCUGAGAGGAAGAGACUGGCUUAUUUCCUAGGAUUAAGGGGGCUGUGAUUUCUCUAGGAGCUUCACCUUGGAAACACUGUGUGACCCCCAAUCAGUCUUUAGCCUCUCUGGGCCUCUGUUUCUCCAAUGGCCAGGGCUGGGUUCUGGCCUCUGCUUUCUGGGCCUGAGAGGGUACAGAGUCCCGAGUACCACUGCCCAUUUUCCUCCUCCCCACUCCAUGGAGGUGCCAGGCGACUGGGUGUUAUUGUUUGGGUAACAGGAGCCAUGGGGCAGCCAGGGCGCGGGUUGGGCUGUUUUCACUGGAGAACAGGGCCUCGCUGUUCUUAGCCCAGGUGACAUGUAAGUGAUACAGCAGCCUGACCUGCAGGUAUAGGCGCUGCUGCUGGCUCCUGGCCAGGAAGGAGGCAGGCAGAGGGGCUGGUGGGGGCAUUUGGCAGAGGCCUGGGAUCUGGACUGCCCUGCCCUCCCCAUGACGCUGCCGAAAAUGGGCUGCUGGGAGGCGGGGCCUUGUCUGGGGUGUGGCCCAGGUGGAGUAAACCCAUUGGAAGUGUGGUUGACGAUUCUGCCUGGGCCUUCCCUGGCCUUGCUGAAAGCAGUAACCUUGACCCCAGGCCCAGCCUCGCUGUGUACAGAGCUUCAUUAUGUGCCACCCACCCCACUUCACCACUGUUACCUUAUUAAAAUAAAACAACUCUCAAAACAACUUCUCAAGGUAGGGAUUAUUACCCCCAUUUUCAUAUGGAACAGCUGAACUCAGAGAGGAGAACUGGCCUGUGAAUUAAUGUCAGAGUCAGAAUUGGAACCCAGAUCUCUUGUUGUCUCCAGCCUAGUUGGGGGAGGCUUAAGGACAGGGAAGAGCUGGGAUCAAACUGGCCCAGGUGGAAGGUACUCCAAGAGAGGCUCCGGAUGUUGGCAGACUCUCCUGUCCAGCCUUUGCUGAGGGCUGGUGGUACCAGCCGGCCCUGGCACCUGGCCCCCAGCUUCCAGCAGCGCGCAGGGCUGCCAGUGCUGGGCUCUGAACCCAACUCCUGGGGCUGCUUCCUGCCUGUGGGGCACGUGCUGUCUUUGUCCAUCUGCUGCCCGGCCUCUCCAGACGCUGCCCUGGCCCCUCUUCCCGAGACAGAGCUGGUUGGGUGGGAAGGAAGGAUGCUUGGUGAAACCCAUCUCUGACCUCUGGGGAGGGGGGACAGUGGUCUGGAGGCCCUCCGCAGCUGUCCCCAUGAGUAGUGCUCUCUGAGGAAGAGGGAGGAGAGUGGGUCUCCAUCCUCCAAGAGGCCAAAAGCCCUUUCCUAUACCAGACUUUUUAGACAAGGUCUUCCAUUCAGUAUUCUGCAAGGUCAGUAUCAUUGUCCUCUUUCGUUCAUUCAUUCGUUCAUUCAGCAAAUAUUUAUUGAGCACUUAUCAUGUGACAAGUACUAACCCAAGCAGCAGGGUACAGCUGUGAACAAGAUGGACCUGCCCUCGUAGUACAGAUGAGGAAACCGAGGCUCAGAGAAGUAAUGUGACAGACACAAGGUCAGAAUGAGAGGCUGGCAGACCUAGCAUUAGCGGCUGUGUCUUUGUGGCUGCAAACCUGUGUUCUUUCCACCAUCUGUGCAGCAGUCAGACCAGAGGGGCAAAUGAGCCCUGUCUUCCCAGGACCCUGGCUCUAAGCGGGGAAGCUCACCUGUGGUCCUCUUUGCACUUACAGUUCUUUCUCCAGGGCUGCCCACUCCCCUCUAGAGACCUUGUGCAACAGCUCUUACAGGCAUGGGGCUCCAUGAGGAUGGCAUCCAAGCUAGAGACCCCUGGACUGGAGGCAACCAAAUAGGGCCUGUGGAGCCCCCUGAAUCCUCCAAGAUACUGCUCUGUAAGCACACACCUCUGGGUACACCCACCACCUCCUCCCCUCCCUCAUCAGGGAUUCAGGCUUGCAGCCACAUGACUCUGGGUCAUGGCCCGAUGUCUUAGGGACCACAGGUAAGUCCCUCAACCCUCUGAACCUUGUCUGAAAAAUGGGAGUAAUAGAACUUUCUCUGGGGAAUUCCCUGGCGGUCCAGUGGUUAGGACUCUGCACUUCCACUGCCGGGGGCAUGGGUUUGAUCCCUGGUCGGGGAACUAAGAUACCGCAUGCCGCAUGGCAUGGCAAACAAAUAAACAGAACUUGCUCUGGCCUCCUUGCUCUCUUUGCUGGGUUGAGCUUUCAUUUGACAGGCUACAUGCUGGACCCUGAUCUGGGUGCCAAGGAGAUGAUGCUGGACAAGUCAUGGCUCCUCCCUGAGUUAAUCUGCAGUUUGCUCGGUGCUUUGAGGCCCAGGGGAGGGAGGAAAGGGCUUGAGACUGUGUGGGCAGAGGAGAUGACAUUAGAACUGAGUCCUGAAAGAAGACCAGGGGUUUGCCAAAGUGACCAGGCAGGAAAGGUUUUCUUGGUAGGAGGAGCCACCGUGCAGAUGCAUGGGGAUGUGAAACAAGCUGGUCUGUUCAGGGUCUCAGGUUGUUCUGUUUAGCUCCGUAAUAGGGCCUGAUAGUAAUAAUGGGGACUGUUUGUGGACCAGUUACGUGCCAGGCAUAUGUACUUUACAGACACUAUUUUGCUUGCUUCUUACAGCCACCCAAUGAGGUACAUCACUUUUAUCCCCAUUUCACAGAUGAGGAAACUGAGACCUUGAUAAAUGAAGUAACCUCAGGGUCAUGCAGGUGGUAGAAGCCAGAAUUUGAACCCACAUGGUCAGGUUCCAGAACCCACAUUAAUCACCUGUGUUGGGCAGUUGGUGAUGACGGCUUUGAACGCCAUGCCAAGGAGCUGGGACUUUAUCCUGCAGGCAGUGGGAAGCCAUGGAAGGGUUUGGGGCCUGGUACGUAGGAGGUUCUCAAUAAGGAGUGAGUGAGUGACCAAGGGAGUCAAUCACUCAAGUGUAACGAUUACAGUUGAGUUUUAGGAAGGGUGAGGAUUUGGAAUGGGGGAGGCUGGUGUAUAGGCCGUUGUUACCAUCUGGGGGAAUUAUGUCAAGAGUCUAGAAUGCUGGGUGAAGUGGAACUCCAUCUACAAAUGCACCGUGCCUCCCCCUCCCCCCAGCCCUGGUCGACCUGGUCCUUCUCCCCAGGCUUCUGAGAGAUGACAGAAUGGACAAGCCUCAGGGGAAGAAGCUGGACUUCAGCCGUCCAAGGAUGAAGACGUCCUCAAGGAGAUCUCCAUCACGCACCAUGUCAAGGCUGGCUCCGAGAAGGCCGACCCAUCCCACUUUGAGCUCCUCAAGGUUCUGGGCCAGGGGUCCUUUGGCAAAGUCUUCCUGGUGCGGAAGGUCACCCGGCCUGACAGUGGGCACCUGUAUGCCAUGAAGGUACUAAAGAAGGCGACACUGAAAGUGCGUGACCGCGUUCGGACCAAGAUGGAGAGAGACAUCCUGGCUGAUGUAAACCAUCCGUUUGUGGUGAAGCUGCACUACGCCUUCCAGACUGAGGGCAAGCUCUACCUUAUUCUGGACUUCCUGCGUGGCGGAGACCUCUUCACACGGCUCUCUAAAGAGGUUAUGUUCACGGAGGAGGAUGUGAAAUUUUACCUGGCCGAGCUGGCUUUGGGCCUGGACCACCUGCACAGCCUGGGCAUCAUCUACAGAGACCUGAAGCCUGAGAACAUCCUUCUGGAUGAGGAAGGCCACAUCAAACUCACUGACUUCGGCUUGAGCAAGGAGGCCAUUGACCACGAGAAGAAGGCCUAUUCCUUCUGUGGGACGGUGGAGUACAUGGCCCCCGAGGUCGUCAACCGCCAGGGCCACACCCACAGUGCAGACUGGUGGUCCUAUGGGGUGCUGAUGUUUGAGAUGCUGACGGGCUCCCUGCCCUUCCAGGGGAAGGACCGGAAGGAGACCAUGACACUGAUUCUGAAGGCAAAGCUAGGCAUGCCCCAGUUUCUGAGCACGGAAGCACAGAGCCUCCUGCGGUCCCUGUUCAAGCGGAAUCCUGCCAACCGGCUCGGCUCCGGCCCUGAUGGGGCAGAGGAAAUCAAGCGGCAUGUCUUCUACUCCACCAUUGACUGGAAUAAGCUGUACCGGCGCGAGAUCAAGCCACCCUUCAAGCCGGCUGUGGCACAACCCGAUGACACCUUCUACUUUGACACUGAGUUCACAUCCCGCACGCCCAAGGACUCCCCAGGCAUCCCCCCCAGCGCUGGUGCCCAUCAGCUGUUCCGUGGCUUCAGCUUCGUGGCCACUGGCCUGAUGGAGGACGACGGCAAGCCUCGGGCCACGCAGGCGCCCCUGCACUCGGUGGUACAGCAACUACACGGAAAGAACCUGGUUUUUAGUGACGGCUAUGUGGUAAAAGAGACGAUCGGUGUGGGCUCCUACUCCGAGUGCAAGCGCUGUGUCCACAAGGCCACCACCAUGGAGUAUGCUGUCAAGGUCAUCGACAAGAGCAAGCGAGACCCCUCGGAAGAGAUUGAGAUUCUUCUGCGGUACGGGCAGCACCCCAACAUCAUCACUCUGAAAGAUGUGUACGAUGAUGGCAAACACGUGUACCUGGUGACAGAGCUGAUGCGGGGAGGGGAGCUGCUGGAUAAGAUCCUACGGCAGAAAUUCUUCUCAGAGCGUGAGGCCAGCUUCGUCCUGCAUACCAUCGGCAAGACCGUGGAGUAUCUGCACUCCCAGGGGGUUGUGCACAGGGACCUCAAGCCCAGCAACAUCCUGUAUGUGGACGAGUCUGGGAACCCUGAGUGCCUGCGCAUCUGCGACUUUGGCUUUGCCAAGCAGCUGCGGGCUGAGAACGGGCUUCUCAUGACACCUUGCUACACCGCCAACUUCGUGGCGCCGGAGGUACUGAAGCGCCAGGGCUAUGACGAGGGCUGCGACAUCUGGAGCCUGGGCAUUCUGCUGUACACCAUGCUGGCGGGAUACACUCCAUUUGCCAAUGGACCCAGUGACACACCAGAGGAAAUCCUGACCCGGAUCGGCAGUGGGAAGUUCACCCUCAGCGGGGGAAAUUGGAACACGGUUUCAGACACAGCCAAGGACCUGGUAUCCAAGAUGCUGCAUGUGGACCCGCACCAGCGCCUCACAGCUAAGCAGGUCCUGCAGCACCCGUGGAUCACCCAGAAAGACAAGCUCCCCCAGAGCCAACUAUCCCACCAGGACCUGCAGACUGUGAAGGGAGCCAUGGCAGCGACAUACUCUGCGCUCAACAGCUCCAAGCCCACCCCUCAGCUGAAGCCCAUCGAGUCGUCCAUCCUGGCCCAGCGGCGGGUGAGGAAGCUGCCAUCGACCACCCUGUGAGGGGCCAGAGCGUCCGGGCCGCAGGGCAGUGCUAGCUCGACGGAGGCAGCGUACUUCCCAGAGGGAGCGGGCCUGAGUCACAGGGCCAGAGGGAGCGGAGCCCCGAGGGGGCCCAGAUCACCCCGGGGAGGACGUAAGAAGUGCCUUCUCCUCCCCCAGGACGCACUCUUCUCGGUUCAGGCUCUGCUGGUUGAAAUCGAUUCACUGUACAAACUCUUGUCUUCUUUUAAGACAGAAAUGGCACCAACCACCUACCAUGGGUUUUUACAAGAUCCAUUUGCCUUUCUGGGAGCAGAAGUAGCCAGUGCAGCCCCAGGAGGGGCACUGAGUCGCACUAGGGCUGUCUGUAGCUGAGACUCCUUAGAGCAGCUUCGGGGUCCCCCUGGGGGGACCCCUACAACUGGCCAUGUGUAGCCGUCUGCACCCACCUCCAAGGCGGCCCAGCACCGCCUUCCAGAGCCCUUGGCUCUUCGGCAGAACUUGCUCUAUCCCCAUCGGCUCCUUUUCUCUUCUGUUCUGCUGGGGCUUCUGGAACCACUUUCUGCUAGAGGAGAGGACCAAGGCCCCGCGGCUCCCAGCUCCAGGCACCAGCAUCCACAUUGGCCGUACCACUGGGUCCUCUGCAGUCAGGUCGGGCAGCCCCUGAAGGAGCAUCUGGAAAGCACUUUUUGGCUGACUUCUGUUGGAGUCUGCCACAGGACAGAGUCCACAGGAGGCCUGUGGGGCAGGCCAAGAGGGGCAGGGGCUUUUUUCAUUCCUUCCUCAGCUGGUAACUCAGGGUUCAUCUGUCCACAGCCUUUCUAAUAAACUUACAGUUGAGUUGAA